AUGACGAGCGCGGGCGGCGGCAGGCUGUGGUCGACGCCGCGGACGCCGCGUCGCCUCGGCUCCUCGUGCUCGAAGGCGAACCAUCGAGCCCAGUUAGGCGAGUCGAUGGCGAAGUGCGGUUCGGCGCGCUGCUCCAACGUUAGCAACGCCCGCCGGUGUCGUACCUCCUCCGCAUCGGCCCUCGCCAUCCGCGGCGCCGGCGGCACUGGGAUCCUCUCCGGAUCCAAAUGCCAGUCAUGCGGCAGCGUGACGUCGGGGUACGGCAGAGAUAAUUUUUCAAUCAAGUGCGACAUCGUCGUCUUCAAGAAGUCUCGCGCCCAAGAGGGACCGGCAGGGCCCGCUGCACCAAGGCCAGUCUCGGUGCUGCCAUCCGACCUGAACCGCCACCUCGGCGACCUCCUCGAGACCGGGAAGGGCGCCGACGUGGUGUUUGAGGUCGCCGGCCACAAGUUCUCCGCGCACCGCUGGCUGCUCGCGGCCCGGUCGCCGGUCUUCAAUGCGGAGCUCUUUGGUGCAAUGAAGGAGAGCGACAUCGCCGUCAGCGUGGUCCGCAUCGGCGACAUGGAGGCGGGGGUGUUCGAGGCUUUCCUCGGCUUCAUGUACACCGGCUCGCUGCCGGAGAUGGCAAAGGAGGAGGAAGACGCCAUGUACCAGCAUCUCCUUGUGGCCGCCGACAGGUAUAACAUGGAGAGGCUCAAGUUGAUUUGCGAAGACAAGCUGUGCAAGAGAAUUGAUGGGAGCACCGUGGCCAACGUGUUGGCGUUGGCUGAGCUUCACCACCGCCGUGAUCUCAAGGACGCAUGCUACGAAUUUCUCAGCACUCCUGCAAAUCUUACGGAGGCCAUGGCCACUGACGGUUCCGAGCAUCUGAGCACAAGCUGCCCUUCUGUUGUCAAGGAGCUGAUUGCCUUGUGCUCCGCACCUUAG